AUGAUGGAGGUGGAUAAUACAGCCGUGGCUGACGACCGCUCUCGUCGCGAUACCAGCGUCUUGUCUAUGGACGACCUUGAAGCCGCUCAAGCACUGGAAGGGCUUCGUACAGACUUCGGCGCAUCACCUAGAUCUUCACAACAGACCACCGCAUCACCCGAGUCCAAAUCGCAACCAGAACCAAUUCUCUCCCUGUUAACAUCUACCCACCCUCUGAUAUCCUCUGCAAUCAGCGGGUCGGUUGCCGCAUAUACCACCUCGAAAUCAUAUUCCCCUCGUUUCAAAUCUAGUGCCGAGUUCAUUGAACGGAACAUCGGCUCACCCGUAGCCAGCACUGUUCAUAGUGUUGGUCGCAAGACAGGUGUGGAGGGCAGUCUCCGCUGGGCCUUACAACGGCACGCAUCCAACUCGUCAGAGUCCAAUCGAUCAAAACGCCGCAAGGUGACCAGUGACAAACGCUCCAGUGAAGAAGAUCUAGAAAUAGGCGUGGUUCCGAAUAUGGAUUCCAAGAACCCGCCAGAAGCUCCAGAGCUCUACCUUAAUGAGUCUCUACCUCCGUACGACGACGAGAAAUCGCCCAGCUAUGAUGACCUCGGCAAGGAGGGUUCUUCCCGUCAGUCGACUUGGCAAAGCCGGCUCAUGAUCUCAACCUCUGGCCUGGGAGUUGCCAUGAGCGAAGAGUCACUGAAGAGCUUGCAAUAUUGCUUAACCUGGUUGAAAUGGGCCAAUGGCAGGUUGGGAAAUUCUAUUGUCGCUUUGCAGGAGACCCUGAAAGAAUGGGACUCUCUCCCGCAGAAGAACGGAGAUGGCUCUUCGGUCAAUGGCCAAGCCUCCAACAAGACUCUACUAUCACAGCGCAUCCAGGCCCUAAGGCACGAUGUAUUAUCCACCCUGAAGCAGGUGGUAGAUGUUGUCUCCAAGUAUGCCGGUGGGGCACUUCCCGAAAAUGCGCGCCAUCUCGUGCGCCGUCACCUCACUUCUCUUCCGCAUCGAUUCCAAGUCGCAACGACUGCCUGCCCGAAACCAGAUGAGUCCGGAACACCUUCCGAGCUCUCUAGCAGUGCCCGUCGGAUCCUAGUGCUUGCUCAGGAAGGCUUGGAUAUGAUGUCGCAGGUCAGUGGCGUUGUCAACGACACUCUCGUUAGUGCUGAGCACUGGUGCGAGCGGCUGGGCCGCAAACGUACGGGAAACAAGAACGCUGCUGAAGUUCAACCGGAAGCGCGAGAAUACCCGUCCGAUAUCAAACAAUCCAUCGCAGAAGCUCCCCAAGAUACCCCCAUGACCGGACUAGAAAAGACAUAA